CUUAGAAAAAUAUGGCUGCCCCCAACAAAUAAGUCCUAUAUACACGGUGACUGCAAAUAUUCAUAAUGGAUUCGAAAGAAGUGAAAGCGACAUUGAAAAAUGCGAGAGAGGCCAUCCGAAAUAAAGAGUACAAGGAAGCAUUGAAACAUUGCAAGUCUGUUUUAGCCUGGGACAAGAACAACUACAAUGCUUUGGUUUUUGUGGGUGUUGCUGCCGAGGGAUUGGACCAGGUUGAUCAGGCGGUGAAGGCAUAUAAAAGGGCUAUAGAAUCUGCCCCUGGUCAGGCCCUAGCCUGGCAGGGAUUGGCAGGUCUCUAUGAGAAAAGACCAUCACCAGAACAUGAGACUGACUUGAUCAGUGUUUAUCAGAAGUUGCAGGAAAUACACGGCAGUGAAGAGGAGAAGAAACGAGAUAUUCUGGUGAAACUUGCUAAGCUGUACAUCAGACUGGGGGAGCUAGAACGGGGAUUACAGAUAUAUGAGGAGGUAAUUGAAGGGGAAAAAGAUUCAGCCAGAAGAAAACACCUUCAAACUGACUUGGUGGAUAUUCUUAUGGCAGAGAGAAGUUUGACAACUCAACAUGAACACAUGGUGAUGGAGCUGGUUGCCAUGCUAACACGAGAGGAGACAACAGUGACCUUCACACAACCAGAACUCUUGGUCACUCGGUACCUGGACCUUCUUAUCAAGCACUGUAAGGUAAAUGGCCUCCUGAUCAAUGUGGUCGCCUACAGUCUAUGUUCCCAGCACUUUCUUAUCCGUUGGAAAUCCUCAUCAUACACCACAUGGAAACAAACACAGAUAUACAACUUCCUGGAGACUACUGUCAACAAGUUGAAGGACCUUGAGCCAGAGAGCCCUUAUCUUGUUGCUGCCCAGGGCUACAUAUUGUUGCAUCAGAAAAACUACGUGCAGGCUCGACCAUUGCUUGCUUCAGCUGCCGAGGUCCUGAAGAGAGUCGUUGUUGUACAUUACUGCCUAGCCAAGACUUUGUUAUCACUACACAUUAAUAAACAGGCUCAGAAAGUUUGUACUACCUGUUUUAGUCUGAUACUCAAGAAGGACCGGGUUGUAAUAUCAGGUGGUGACCUGGACUCACGAUUGUCUGGGCUACGUUGUCACAUAGACUACAGGAUAGGAACACCGACUGCUCUGGACAGGGCCAUCCAAACACUUUCUCAGGGAGGAAAUCUGUCCAGUGAGCUGAAGGUUUUACUAGGGUUUAUUUAUCUGAAGGCCAGCAGAGUUGAAGAAGCCCAGAAAUUGGUGGUUGGGACCAAGGACACCGCCACUCUAGAUGGAUGGAUACAUUUCGUCAGGGGAGACUACUCUGGGGCUAUCCUCAGGUUAACACUGGCCGUGGAAUCUGCUCCAGACAUAAGUGAAAACCACCUCAUGCUGGGUAAAGCAUUUUGGGAAAUGUGGAAAAAGGAGAAAUCCAAGGAGUUGGGAGAGAAGAGCUACAUGUCAUUUCUAAAGGCUGCCAAGCUGGACCCGUACAACAGUGAGGUAUUCUUGUAUCUGGGUCACUUUUCCUUGGAUGUCCAGCAAGACAAGGUCAAGGCCACAAAGUGUUAUCAGAAGGCAUUUGACCUUGACAUUGACAAUGAUGAUGCUGGUGCAGCCCUCUGUGAUCUUUUGUCCAGUGCAGGUCAGGAGGAAGAUGCCCAUAAAAUCAUCGUCUCUGUCACAUCUAAAGCUAGCGCAGGAAGUGCCAAGUGGGCGUGGCUUCGGUUGGGGCUGUACCAAGUCAAGUAUGACAGUCCUUCUGUGGCCAUCACCAGCUUCCAGUCAGCACUGAGGGCUGACCCUAAAGACAACCAUGUUUGGGAGUGUCUGGCUGAAGCCUACCUACACAGAGGCAGUCUAACGGCAGCUCUCAAGGCCUUCACCAAGGCUUCAGAGCUGGCUCCCAACUCCCUGUACUGUCUGUAUCAAAUCGCUGCUAUAAAGCAGAUGCUAUGCAUGUACACGGAGGCCAUUGUGGAGUACAAGGUUAUCCUGGAACGCUCACCAAACUACGUACCAGCUUUGAAGGGUGUUGGAGAGACUUAUCUAUUACUGGCUAGGAAUCACCUGUCCCAGAGUUUCCAUGGGCGUGCCCGAGAAAAUUGUGAGGAUGCUCUGCUUUUCCUCACCAGGGCAGCGAACCACCGUGCGGACAUGUCCUGUCUGUGGAAGUUGAUGGGCGAUGCCUGUACACUGGUCCAUAGUCUGGCACCGGAGACCUUCAGGUUCACUGUGGACAAUAAACUGGUGUCCAGGGCAGGGGAAACCUGUCCCCCAGGGACAUCUAGAAUAAAUCUUCUACAGACCCUGGAACUUGGGGCUAGGUGUUAUGGCCGAGCUUUAAAGGCCCUUUCAGAUUGUGCCUCAUUAUGGCAUGACCUUGGAGUCAAUUUCUUCUACCAAUCACAGCAGUCGGCACAAACUGACGUCAUUGCCAGACUGUCCACUAAAGCCGUAAAUUCCUUGAAGAAAGCCUUGACAAUUGAUCCUAAGAACCAUCUACACUGGAAUGCUCUAGGAAGGGUAUUCUGUUCAAAAGGAUGUUACUCACCAGAUAAGGCCCAGCACUGCUUUAUCAAGUCCAUACAGGCUGAACCAAAUAAUGUAGUGGCUUGGUCUAAUUUGGCAACACUUUAUUUCAAGAAUGGCAAUAUAGAGCUUGCCCACGAUGCCUUCAAGACCGCUCAGAGUUUAGAGCCAUCCUAUGUUGCCUGCUGGAUUGGACAGGCACUGAUUGCAGAGACAGUUGGACAUGAAGAUGCCAUGGACUUGUUCAGACACACCAAUGAACUAGCCAAUCACGUAGAGGGAGCCACUGGGUAUGCCAGCUGGGUGUGUUCUAUGCUGAAGGACAAGAGUAAACACAACACAGAGUUGUUCCGAUACUCAAUAAAGCAAAUGGCAGCCAUACCAGCAGCCUCGGACGCUCUUGCCAAAUAUCUAGAUCUUGACAAGACCAAUCCCACUGCUUACAACAUGUAUGGAUUACUACUGGAACACCAAGGUUUAUACAAGAUGGCUGCCCGAUCUCUCAAAUCUGCUCUAGAGCUGUGUGAUGAUGCCUCACCCCAUGAUGAGGAAAUUAGGAUCAACUAUGCUCGCAUACUGUGUAAAGAUCAGCGGUACCUAGAAGCGGGAGUGCAGUAUGACCUUGUGGCUGACAUUGUGACCUUGGAGGACAUGUGUAACAAAGGUCUGGCCCUGUACAAGGCUGGUCGGUACUCUGACAGUGUUACAGUAUACACGGCCGCCCUGGCUCUAGCUGAAACGGAGGAAGAACAGUCACAUGUAUCUGUUGCCAUGGGAAUGGUCCACUAUCGGGAAGGAGAUCUUGAGACAACAAAGUCAGUCCUCUUCCAGAGUUCCCAAAUGACUCCACCCUCAAGGAUGGGUCUACUGGCAUUGUGUGCUCUUGGGAUAAUUCAAACAGACAUGACCUUGACCUUGGCUGUCCUUCAGGAACUUUUGGUGGGAGCCGGGUCGACCAGUCAGUCGGACAUAGCUCACCUCAUGUCGUCUGCCAAUGCUGUUAUUGAGGGCAAUCCACGGGCAGCUAAGAACUUUGUCCAGCAGUGUAUCCAUAAAUAUCCAGACCAGGUGGACCUGUGGCGCCUCCUGGGGUCUGUCCUUGUCACUCAUUGUCAUGAAUCCAUUGCAGUGGCUGGUGCUGCCACCUGUGUACAGAAAGUCCAUUCAUUAAACCCAACACUACCUGGUAUAAUGAAGCUAGUUACCAGUGCUCAGUUAGCAGGUGGACACCACAGUCAGACCCGCAGAAAUGGGGUAUUAUCCAGUGCUCAAAGGGCAGUACAUCUAAACCCAGAUCAGAUGGACAACUGGUGUAACUUGACAGCGGCCAUCCACAGCCAUACUGUAUUCCACAAUCGCAAUGCAGACAGACUUACUCAACUUGCCCUUGUGUACCUGAACUGGAUCUCUUCAACAUUUACAGAAGCUUCAACCACUUUGACAAAUUGGUGUAAAAGACAAAGAGUUAUUUCCCUUGUUGGAGCUGGUAGAGUAGACGAAGCAGAAGCCUUACUAUGCCAGUUAAAGAGCUGUGCAGAUCCAGAUCUGGAAGAUUUUGCCAGGAUCACAGAAGCUGUGAUGAAUGGAGACAUUGGGGCCAUGUCGGAACAGUUACUCAAGUCACGAGACAACCCAUUUCUCCUGGAGGCUUUGUUGGAGACAUGUGAGCAGGAAGGGGUCAGUGUGAACCUAAGUGAAAUAUUAGGAGAGGACCAGGAAGGCAGAGGAAGGAGAAUCGACCUGGUGUGCAAAGUACUACAUGUUUACUACAUUUACAAACAGGCCAAGAGGACUGGUGUUCAGGAUGGUGUUGAGGGAAUGUUGAAGAAGCCAGUGACAGAGGUACAAAAACUGGAUUCCCACUGUCUCCCAGUGAUGCUGGUCCUGGCUACAGCCUGUCUGACAGCGAACCCCAGACUGGCCAAGCACUGUGUUGUUAAAGUGAGUGAGGGAAGACAUUUACAAAUUGAUAAGGGUGAUGAAGUGUCCAUAGCGAGAUGUCUCCUCAUCAAACUUAUAUACAACCCUAACAAGGAGUCUGAAGCUCUCAAGAAACUGUUGGCAGAGGCAGCAGAGGAGGAGGAUGUGAUUGUCCUGGACUUCUACAAUGUUCUCUCCAGCCAUAAGUGACUCUGGCCAUAAGUGACAAGUCGCAAAAACAAAUAACCGAAAACACACUACUUCGUUUGAAACUAGAAGUUCUAGGAUCUCAGUGAUUUAUAAAAAGACAGAAUUGUGAAAUCUCAAAA